CUUUUUGAAUUUUGAAAAAUUGAAAUAACAAUCACUUGAUUAAUAGUAUUCCGUGAACAAUAAUUAUCUAUUAGCUAUUCAAAAUUGUUGGAAAAGGAACUAUUUUAAUACAAAUUCAAUAACCUGUACAUAGGAUAAAGUUGUGGCUUCGGAUUCGUAACAUAAUAAGAAUUGUAUUUAAUUUGUGUACAUAACUCAGGAGAUACAAUGGGGGAAACGCAAAAUGUUUAUGUAUUUAAACAAAGCUAUUCUGAAAUACGCAAUGAACUAUUUCGAGUCUUAGGUUCUGGUCAAACCACGGCUAAGGAUCAAUUUAUUAUGCACGCUGAGACAGUUAUUGAACCAGUUGGUUGGGAUGCUAUGUGGAAACUUUCCAAGGAGUUUUGCAAUCAAUUUGAUCAAAGAGCACCAUGUGUAGUGUUUGUAUCUGUUACAUCGGUAAACUUUGAAGAGCUCACGGCCAAUGUUGAAGUGCAAAGUCAUACAAAGAAAGCCAUUCCAAAAUAUGUUUCUGAUGUUUCAUUAACAGAUCUAUCCCCAACAGUAUUGCAAAGAGAAGAAACUGUAAAUGCAGAGGCAACAGCUGAGUUUAUCCACCUCCUCAGGUUUUUCUACAAACAUCUUUGGAUGCCAUGGGAUGAUCAGGAAAAAGUGUUUUUGCCGAAUACAUUAGAAGAUCGAUUGAGAUUAUGGAAUGAACUUAACACUCAAGUUAUACCAAACUGUGUUGCCCGCCAGAUCAGAAGUAUUAGGAGCAGUGCUAUUACAGUGUACAAGAAAAUUCAGGAACUUGAUUCAUCACAUAAUGAAGGAGAUAUGGACUCAGAUGAUUCUAUGCUUGCAACUUCAUCAAAUGAUAUAUUACUUGGUGCAGAGUUAAACGCCAAAUUGGAUAGUCUUGUCUCAAAAUGGACUCUAUUUGAAAACUCAUUGAUCAGGGAUCAAUAUGUAGAGAAAGUUAAAUACAUGUAUCAACAAAACAAGAAUCAAAAGAAUGUUGUAGCUUUGUGGCAGGGAGGAAGUAUGAAGGAAUUUGAAGAAAUAUCCAGGUACCUUCAGAGACAUGUCAGAAAUGAUCAAACCAUGAGUAUCAUGGUCUCCAUUGAAGAUGGCCUGGCUCUAGACCCGGAUGAGAUGGUGAUUUGUUCUGAUGAAUGGGAAAUGCCCGAGAUUCCAGUGUCCCAGAUAUUUAUACGCUGCUUCAGAGAACAGGCACAUAAGCCAAAGACCACCAUAAGAGCACCAGAGAUACGUUGCUGUCUGCUGAUGAUGAGCGAAGAUUGCGAGAUACAUAAUAUGACGCUGUGCUGCAAGUUGUUGACAACAAUCAUUGAGAUGAGGGAUGGACGACUCCAUCUGAAAAAUUGCAGGCUCUUAGAUGACUCUGUAGCCGAUGGUCAGGGAGACUGCACUGUUGGCAUCAAAGCCUUUCAUGGCGCAAGGAUACUACUUGAAGAUUGCGUGCUGGAAAACUUUUACACAGGCAUUUAUCUAAAACAAGGUGCAAAGAUCGAGAUGAAGAAUUGUAAAUUUAAUAAUUGCGGUGUCGCUAUUCAUAUGAAUUUCGGGUCAGAUGUGAAGCUGCAGAGUUGUACUAUAUCAAACUGUGCGGAGAGAAGUAUUCGCUAUGAUGCUGGCUCCAGUGACCAUGAUGAAUUAUUUAAAAGACUGAAUGUGUCGGACAAUUGCAAGAUCGGCUCAGGCGAUCUAUUGAAAGAAAUACAAAUUGUUUAUUAA